AUGACUGAUACAAAUACUACACCAUCAACUGAAACUAAAGAACAAAUUGUUACACCAUGGGAAGUUGAAGCUAGUGCAGGUGGUGUCGAUUACGAUAAACUCGUUAAUCAAUUCGGAUCAACUAGAAUCAGCGAAGAACUUAUCGCUCGUUUUGAAAGAGUCACCGGUAAAAAAGCUCACCACUUUUUACGUAGAGGAAUCUUUUUUUCACAUAGAGACUUAAAAGAAAUUUUAGAUCAUCACGAAGCAGGUAAAAAAUGGUAUUUAUAUACAGGUCGUGGUCCAUCAUCAGGUUCAUUACAUUUUGGUCAUUUAUUACCAUUCUUAUUCACAAAAUACCUUCAAGAUGCUUUCAAUGUACCAUUAGUUGUUCAAAUGACAAAUGAUGAAAAAUUCUUAUGGAAAGGUAUUACCAUUGAGGAAUCAAUUGAAUAUACCCACAACAAUGUUAAAGAUAUUAUCGCUUUAGGUUUUGAUGUUCAAAAAACUUUUAUUUUCUCAAAUUUAGAUUACAUUCAAUAUCUUUAUCCAAAUGCUAUUAAAAUUUCAAGAUGUGUUAAUUUAAAUCAAAUUAAAAAUAUUUUUGGUUUCCAAGAUAGUGAUGCAGUCGGUAAAUUUACUUUCCCACCAAUUCAAGCUGCACCAUGUUUCCCAGAUUCAUUCCCACAUAUAUUUGAUCCAAAAGAUCCAGAAAUUAAAGCCGUACGUUGUUUAAUUCCAUGUGCUAUCGAUCAAGAUCCAUACUUUAGAAUGACUCGUGAUGUUGCACAACGUUUAGGUUACAACAAACCAUCAUUAAUUCACUCUAAAUUUUUCCCAGCACUUCAAGGUCACAACACUAAAAUGUCAGCAUCAGAUUUAAAUUCAGCAGUUUAUCUCAGCGAUACACCACAACAAGUUAAAGAUAAAAUUAAAAAACACGCCUUCUCUGGUGGUGGUGCUACUAAAGAAGAUCAAGAAAAAUAUGGUGCCAAUUUAUCCGUAGAUAUCACUUAUGAAUACUUAACAUUCCUUUUAGAAGAUGACGAUCAAUUAAAAGAAAUUGCAGAAAAAUACUCAACAGGUAAAAUGUUAACUGGAGAAAUUAAACAAAUUUUAAUUGACAUUAUGGUUAAAAUCAUCGCCAGACACAAAGAAGCUAGAUCUAAAGUUACCGAUGAAGUUUUAAAUUCAUUUAUGUCAAUUCGUAAAUUAAAUUUUUAG